UGCUUCUCCAGCGCAAGGCUCAAACUUGCAGAUAUCACCACGCUUUCGAAAACCAUGGGCUCGUCCGCAUCCAAGCCCGUGAAGUCUGCCGCUCAGGCAGCUUCACGGCGUCAGUUCCCAAAGCAGCCCACCACAACCACAACCACCCCUCCACUUUCCACGCCCGCAUCAACACCGCGAACGCCACAGCCACCACUUCCCCGAGAGAGUCCUCGCGGCAGCCCGCAAUCCAGCUCCCCACGCGGUCCGACAUACCACCCCAAGAACAAAGAGCAAGCAUCCUUUGAAAAAUCAAGCGCCAUCGACCUCGACGGUCGCGACCCGGACUUCGCCGCCUCCCUCCGCAGCAUCGGUCCUGUCACCCCGAACCCAACCUUCUCCCCCUCGAGCACCUUCUCCCCUUCGCAGCGAUCCUUCGGUGCGGAACUCGGGGCAGCUACCCCCAACCACCAGCACCCCAUGACCCGCUUCCCACCCGCUCCCAACCCAGCCCUCCUGGUCGUUACGGCGCGGCAACGGAUCGCCAAGGCGGCGGAAGCGGAGGCCGAUGAGAUGGGCCGGCAGAAUUUCACGGGGAGAGAAUUUCUUGAUGCGUUGACGAUUCGGCAGGUUCUGGCCAUGCGGGAUCGGCAGGGUUUACCGGCGGGGGAGAUCGAGCGGGUGAUGCGGUUGAAGAAGGGGGUGGUGGAGCGUCUGGGAGCCAAGGGAGUGGUCGGGGAUAUUGGUUAAAAUUUGAUGGAGAUUUGUAUUUGUGUGUGUUUGUGUACGAUAGACUAGGUUUGUAUGAGGUCUCAAAAUCAGGUGUAUGCUUGGGCUCUGCCUCUAUGACUGAAAUUGGAUGGAGUUUCAUAUUCUGGCUUUGCUGACAAGUACCGGUAGUGAACAAUGGAGCCAUGCACGCACCUGUCAGCCUCAAUGCCAGGGUAGUGUUGAGCCGUGCCAUUG